AUGGUAGAAGAAGUAGUUAAUUCUGCUAAUAAACCAAAGAAUAAAACUGCCAGACCACGUCCAGUUUAUUUGUGGAAUGUGUUAGAUGUACAAAAAUGGUUGAGGAGGCAUUGUAGUGAUUAUUAUCAGUUAUACCAUGAAAAGUUUCUAUAUCAUGAUAUCACUGGAAGGGUCUUGCUAAGAAUAAAUGAAAAUAUUUUGUUGAGGCUUGGAAUUGAUAAUGAGCAACACAGAAUGGACAUUUGGCGGGAAAUAAUGAAAUUACAUCUUAAAACAGAUAUGUUAGAGAUUAAAGAUAUUGAACGACGUAAUAAUAUGAAUUUUGAUUAA